AUGAGUUGGGAGGGGGCGGCGAAGUGGGUUGUUGGGAUCAACGAGUUCUUCUCAUCGACCAGGUAUCGUCGACGUCACGAAAAAUACGACACGAAAAAGAGGUGCAACACGAGGACUUCCCAGGAGGUCACCCAUCCUAGUACUACUCUCGCCCAAGCACGCUUAACUGCGGAGUUCGAUGGGAUCCGGUGCAUUAGUGCUUGGUAUGAUCGCACCCGCCAAGUGUUGCGCGAUCAAUGGGGGCGGCGAAGUGGGUUGUUGGGAUCAACGGUAAAAAGGAUGAUGUUCGUUCAUGCAAGACUUAUGAAAUUUGAUAGAGUUCUUCUCAUCGACCGGUAUCGUCUGACGUCACGAAAAAUACGACACGAAAAAGAGGUGCAACACGAGGACUUCCCAGGAGGUCACCCAUCCUAG